CAUUCGUCUACUCUGCGACUUCUUUCUUCUGUGUUCUCAAUCGAUUCAUGACAGUGAAUUUGUAAUUCACAGCAGCCUAUAUUGUGAUGUCACUCCAGGGAUCUUUUGGCCAUGGCUCGUGGAGACUGUGCCAUUUUCUUAUUCUUUCCACUAGCUACCUGGCUGCAUCCAUGCCAUGGUCUCACCAGCCUCAUUCACUUCAAUUACGAGCCUCACCAGAUUGUCUUGACUUUCCUAAUUGUACUUGUCUCGGCGGAAUUCUUUCAUGCAUAAUUGAGUUCUCCAUGGACCUCUAUUGCGCCAUCGAGUACGGUGCUGCCAAUUCAACAUCCUGUUUACUUCCAGAUCCCAGCUCCUCCAUAGCCAUCAUGAGCACGAUUCCAUCCAUGACUGAGACAUCAACCGCGUCAACCGCAUCAACCGCUCUAUCAGAACAGAGUACGAGAGCCUCCCUAACAAUGGCUUCAUCCGCGAUCCAUACGGACUCUACAACACCAUCACCAUCCCCUACCCAGUUAUCAACAACCACAACAUCACGAACACAUCCAGCUACGGUUUCCCUUCCAUCAGCGUCUCAUACGGCUUCCAGCGGGACCCUUUCCUGCACGCAGCCAAGACCAACCGAUGCUCCUUCCGUCACUGACCUGAUCGAAGAUAUCACCUGGAACAACACGGGUGGCUAUCCUGCGUUUGUGAACAAGCUCUGUGGAAUACCUAUGAGCGUCCUAUUCUAUAACUCGUCGGACCCAUACGCCUGGUGGGUUGGAGAGAAUUGGUCACAUUACAUGGGCACAAUUCGACGAACCGAUAUUAAAAAACCAUUGGAGAAUUGUCACACCGCAAUGACGGCUUUGUUCAGCGACUGUAUUGUUAAUGCAAAUUAUUACGGGGGGACAUGGACCUCGGUUCAGGAGAUGUAUAAUAUCUCAGACCUGAUAUAUCCUCAAAGUCCUUCGGGGUCGUUCUUCCCUUCGCUUGAUAUCAAAUCGUCGUUUAGCUUAUAG